GCUUCUAUAACCGAGGGAGAGGAAAACCAUGAACCCUAACCUCUCCAUCCAAUUUUCAAAGUCUGUCUCUCGUAAUCUUCUCCAUCCAUGCCUCCAUGCAGUAAGCAGAAACGCCUGGUGGCAAGCGUGACGUGUCCCGGUGCGCCAAGCGGCUGAGCGUUCUGACCGGCUGCCCCGGUCGCCCUCCCUCCACUGCAGCCAUCAAAAAGGGCCAGCAAAUUCCCUUCUUCUCUUCUCCCUCACCCGCGGGCAGCUCCUGCUCCGAAACCAGGCCGCCUCUCCGCUCCCGCAUCUACGCGAUCAUCGCCACCGCCUUCCUCUCCCCCUCCUUUCCGUUCCUCGCCGCCGCCUCCGCCGUCGUCGUUCCAUUCCCGCACGAGGGACUGCCGUCCAUUCCCGGUGACCGGGCGGCCGAGAUCGGCGCGCCAUGGCCGCGCGCAGGGGCCCGGACUCCGCCAUUAAGCUCUUCGGUCGCACCAUCCCACUCCUCGAUUCCGCCGCUCCCACCGCCGGCGCCGCACCCGAGGUUCGAUGAGUAAAUGGAUUGGCAUUGAGUUGCAAUACAGGUACCUUGUGUUCCUGUUGGCAACUGUCAGGAUAUAUGAAAGCAUCUUUUGUAAGAAGGGACCGGCCUGUUCUCCGGUUACCAACAAGUUAGCAGAUGAUGGAAGAAGCAAUUGUGGCAUACCAUGUAUCCCAAACAAGCUUUCCAAUGUUGAAGCAAGUUCCUUUUGUUCCAAGAAUGGCAACGAGAAUGGUAUACAAGUUACCAGCAGUCAGCACAGGAAAAUGGAAACUGAUUCCAAAUCUGAGGAAGUUAAAACUGAGUCUGAUGGAUCUGGCCAAGAGGAGGUACUCAAGAAGCCAGAUAAGAUCCUACCCUGCCCUCGCUGCAAUAGCAUGGAAACAAAGUUCUGCUACUUCAACAAUUACAAUGUCAACCAGCCCAGGCACUUUUGCAGGAACUGUCAGAGGUAUUGGACUGCUGGUGGAACUAUGAGGAAUGUUCCUGUAGGUGCUGGUAGACGCAGAAAUAAGCAACCAUCUCUCCACCGUCAUGCCAUGAUGCCAUGUGAUGGAGAUGUUUCUAAUGUUUCUGACGCAACUCACCACCAAUCUCUUCCAGUUGAGUCGCAUGUCCUUCCAGGGCCAACAAAAGAAAAUGAAAGGGUUACAAAAUCUGGAUUUGAAGUGCCGCUUUGCAAGUCUGAGGCUCCAGUCCUUUAUAACAAAGAGCAGAGUAAUACUGAUCUUGUUUCCUUGACCUCUGGUGACAAUAAGGAAGAAAAAUCAUGUGCAUCUUCUGUAGCAGUAUCUGGUUGCUCGGAAAAUUGGAUGCCAGAAAAUACAGUUACAAAAGAGUCCAAUGACGUUUCAGGAUACUGUAAUGGUGUGAGCAAGCCUCAUCUCCCAAGUCAGUCAUACCCUACUGGACCUACUUUGGUGUUUCCCUGGAGUCAUGGAUGGAACAAUGUUGCUGUCAUGGCAGCUACUCAGUGCUCAACGCCUGUUCAUGGGUUGGAAAAUGGGAAGGCCAGUCCGCUUUCAUUGCAGCCACCACCAGUGAUGCCAGCCCCAGGAAUUUGUGCGCCUGUUGUUCCCUUCCCUCUCGUACCACCUUUCUGGAGCUGCAUUCCUGGCUGGCCUAAUGGAACCUGCAGUUCACCAUGGCCUGGAAGUAAUGGGACUGCACUGCCAUCUCUUCCUCCAAACAGUACAACUUGUACAGGGAACAAUUCUACAAUAUUAGGAAAGCACUCAAGAGAAGCAAAUUCGCUGGGAGGAGAAAAGGCAAGAAAGAACUUAUGGACCCCUAAAGCUCUCAGAAUUGAUGACACAGAAGAGGCUGCAAAGAGUUCAAUCUGGGCCGCUCUAGGUAUCAAACCUGAUGAGAAAGGUGUAUUCGAAUCUUUCCAGUCGAAGGUUCUGAAAAAUGGAAAGCCCCCACAAUCUCCUCAGGCCCUGCAGGCCAAUCCAGCAGCGUUUUCGCGCUCUCAGACAUUUCAAGAGGGACUUGAGGAGCGUAUUAUUUGAUCUUCUUUAUGGUCCAGUCUAUGGCAUCAUACCGCAGAUCAAGUUUUACCGCAGUAGAGGCUUCCCCUACUGUAUUCCCCUAAAAAAAAAGAAA